AUGGCGUCAUAUAAGCCGACAUUAGUAGUUGAUAAUGGCACAGGAUAUACGAAAAUGGGAUACGCUGGGAAUGCUGAACCUAGCUAUAUUAUUCCAUCUACCAUUGCCGUAAGUGGAAAUGACUCAAGCACAGUGCGUUGUCGUCAGGGGAUUGAUGAUCUGGACUUUUACAUUGGUAACGAAGCACUGGACCACGCGUCCACGCACCAAGUCAAUUAUCCCAUUGCUCAAGGCAUUAUUCAAAAUUGGGACAAUAUGGAAAAGCUCUGGCAACGCUGUCUCUUUCAGCAUAUGCGCUGCGAGCCAGAGGAACAUUACAUGCUGCUAACAGAGCCUCCAUUGAAUCCACCCGAGAACCGAGAAGCUACGGCCGAGAUUAUGUUUGAGACUUUCAAUGUGCCGGGACUUUACAUUGCAGUCCAGGCCGUGCUGGCGCUGUACGCAUCUUGGCCUAAAAUUAAGGACCCCAGUCAGCGGUCGCUGACUGGGACGGUCAUUGACUCGGGAGAUGGAGUGACGCACGUCAUCCCAGUAUCGGAUGGGUACGUGAUUGGAAGCUGCAUUCGUCAUAUUCCGUUAGCUGGACGCGACGUGACGCAUUUUAUUCAAAAGAUGAUUCGUGAUCGAGGUGAACUGGUCCCUCCUGAGGAUUCGCUUGAAGUGGCGAAGCGCGUUAAGGAGGCACACAGUUACGUGUGCUCGGAUCUUGUUAAGGAAUUUAAGAAAUACGACACUAAGCCUGAAAAGUACUUCAUGAAGUAUACGGACUUGCAUCCACGUACCAAGCAGCCAUGGGAGAUUGAUGUGGGAUACGAACGCUUUUUGGCGCCUGAGAUUUUUUUUAAUCCAGAGAUCUUUUCGACUGACUUCACCACGCCAUUGCCAAACGUAGUAGAUGAAGCAAUCUUGAAGUGUCCGAUUGAUACGCGGCGUGGAUUGUACAAGAAUAUUGUGUUAUCGGGAGGCAGCACCAUGUUCAAGGAUUUUGGCCGUCGUCUACAGCGUGACAUCAAGCGUCUUGCUGACGACCGACAGGCGGCUAACCUCGCCUUGCACUCUAAAUUCCAACAAGCACAUGCUGAAGCUCUCGAAGUCAAUGUACUAUCGCACCGCAUGCAGCGGUUUGCUGUUUGGUUUGGCGGUAGCAUGGUCGCUUCCACUCCCGACUUCUAUCGUGUUUGCCACACGAAGGCACAGUACGAGGAGGAAGGUCCGCGCAUCGCUCGCCACAACCCCGUGUUCAACGCCACCAUGUAA